AUGAGAGCUUUGGAUGACAAAACGUCUAAAGCAAGGAAUAGGAGAGCCAUAGCGUCUUGGAACUACGAGAGCAAUAUCACUAGCUAUAACGAGAAUGUGAAUUUGCAAGUUGCUCUAGAAGUAGCAGAAGAACAGAAAGAAUAUUGGAAGGAUACUAUGAGCUAUCUGUGGCAUGAGUACCAGGAUCCUGACUUAAAGAGAAUGUUUGAGAAGUAUUCGAAGCUGGGAACGGCUGCUUUGCCCGAGGAUUUGAAUGAAAGAUUGCUCCAGGCAGUCAGUAACAUGCAGUCGAACUACGCGAAGGCCACUAUCUGCGAUUACAACGAUAAAACUAAGUGUGAUCUGCAUGUGGAGCCCGAAGUGACAAAUAUUUUCGCUACAAGCAACAAUGCAGAUGAACUAAAGCAUACUUGGCUCGAAUGGCAUAAAGCUGCAGGUGCAGUGUCUCGCGGCAACUUUACCGAGUACGUGGCGAUGUACAAUGAAGCUGCUAAGUUAAAUGGGUAUGACAGUGUAGCUGAGUGGUGGUUGGGCGAAUACGAGGAACCAGAUACGGAAAGCCAAUUUUCAGAUCUUUGGGCUGAAAUAAAACCGCUGUACCAACAAAUACACGCUUAUGUGCGAAGGCUUCUGCGAAUUAAGUAUGGUGAGGAUGUAGUCUCAGCAAGAGGACCUAUUCCUGCGCAUUUAUUAGGUAACAUCUGGGCACAGACCUGGAAUAAUUUAGAAAAAUUCAGUAGGCCAUAUCCCGAUAAACCAGAAGUUGAUGUUACGGCUAACUUGCUUGCUCAGAACUAUACAGCUUUACAGAUGUUUAAAGUAGCUGACGAGUUCUUCACUUCACUAGGUUUGAUUCCUAUGCCUGACCUGUUCUGGGAACGUUCGAUCAUCGAAAAGCCCGAUGAUGGACGCGACUUGGUGUGCCAUGCUUCAGCUUGGGACUUUUAUGACGGAGAAGACUUUAGGAUCAAACAAUGUACAGUCAUUACAGAUGCCUUCUUUAAGACAACGCAUCACGAAAUGGGCCACAUCCAGUACUACCUGCAAUAUAAAGAUCAACCCGUUAUUUACAGAUCUGGCGCAAACCCAGGAUUCCAUGAAGCUGUUGGUGACGUCAUAGCUCUAUCCGUUGCCACACCAAAACACUUAAGAAAGAUGGGGCUUUUGCAAGACGGACCUGAUGACACCGAAUCAAAUAUUAAUCAACUUUACAAAAUGGGUCUUGACAAGAUUGUUUUCUUACCAUUCGCCUACCUCCUUGACUUAUUCCGCUAUGGUGUUUUCCGUGGUACGACUACAAAUGAAGACUAUAACUGCCACUUCUGGCAGCUGAGAGACACUAUUCAAGGUAUUGAGCCUCCAGCGCCAAGGUCGGAAGAAGAUUUUGAUGCUGCUGCUAAGUACCAUGUUUCUGCUGAUGUUGAGUAUGCAAGGUACUACAUCUCGUAUAUCAUACAAUUCCAAUUCCACCAAGCUCUGUGUCAACUUGCCGGUGAAUACAAUAGUGAUGAUUCUUCACAAUUGUUGUCCAACUGUGACAUCUACCAGAGUCUUGAGGCUGGACAGGCGUUGAGUAAUAUGCUGUCACUGGGGUCAUCAAAACCCUGGCCUGAUGCAAUGGAAGUAUUGACUGGUACAAGGAAAAUGGACGCGAGCGGUGUUUUGGGUUACUUUAAACCUCUUCAUGACUGGUUGAAGGCAGAGAAUGAAAGGAAUGGAGAGUUCGUGGGUUGGGAACCUAGUACAGUCCCUUAUUGCACAGCUCGACAGCGGAUGGCAAUGGAAUCUUCAGGUUUUAACACGAGACUGAAGAAAUACGCUUCCCUCGACUGA